AUGGGUUACAACAACACAUCUCGUCUCGAGACGUUGUUUCUCGUGAUAGCGAACUUGUUGAUACCGGUGUCUAUCAUAGUAUUCGCCACGGGAUUUUUUCCGUACAAACCGUUCCUUUCUGGCCUGGCUCAGUAUGAGGCGCUCGACUAUGGCAGCCCUCCAGCAGCACCAUUUGACCGCCUGGUCUUCAUGGUCGUGGACGCUCUCCGAAGUCUGAUCCGCCGAGGACAUGCAUUGCCUUUCACUGCCAAUGCUCGGUCUCCUACCAUUACCAUGCCGCGUAUCAAGGCCAUAACGACCGGCUCAAUCCCAUCUUUCCUCGACGUCAUCCUCAAUUUUGAUGAAGGCGACACUUCAUCCACCCUCGCAGCCCAGGACACAUGGCUUGCCCAGAUGAAAGCUAAGAAGUCCGGCAAGAUGGUCAUGUAUGGCGAUGAUACAUGGCUCAAGUUGUUUCCUGACACCUUUGAUCGUGCCGAUGGCACGUCUAGUUUCUUCGUCUCGGACUUCACCGAGGUUGAUAACAACGUCACGAGGCACGUCCCAGACGAACUGCGUAAUAAGGACUGGAGCACCAUGUGCUUCACUAUCUGGGCCUCGACCAUAUCGGCCACAAAGCUGGCCCUCCAGUCAUUCAAGCAUGACAGCCCAAUCGACUCGGAGUGGGUGUCGGCAAUUUCUAAGUGGCUUGGCAGAGCUCAAGACUUGAUGAGCAAUAUGGCGAGCAACUAUGACAUGCCUAGACUCGUUGGAGGGCAAGCAUCUAUUUUUGUGGCCCUCGUGUCAAAUGUAUUGCUCCUCAAAGUCUGCUGGAGUCAUACACCAUUCGUCAUCAUGACAAUUUCCUACGGCAUCAUGAUGUUUGCUAGUAGCUUCGUAGAAGAGGAGCAUCACUUCUGGUACUGGGCUACGUCGGCAUGGUUUGGUGGGCUUGGAAUCGUUCAGCUGCGAAAAUCGGUUGCGGAACCCAGCAGCGCCAUGUCCAUGGCCGAGCUGCUUCAUUAUCUAUAUGCCCUGCUCGCAGCCACGCAAUCGCGCGUUACAAAUAUCCCCCUGUUGCUCCUCUUUGAGGUCCAGUAUACUUUCUUGGCCAGCCUGGAUCUUGAUGUCACCACCAUCUCAACCACGUCAAUACUUCUUCAGUACAUGUCCUUUUUCGCGUUCGGGGGCACCAAUGCCAUCUCAUCCGUCGACUUAUCCAGCGCCUACAACGGAGUCUCGGGUUUCAACGUGGUGGGUGUCGGUUCUUUGACCUUCAUCAGCAACUGGGCAGGGCCCGUAUACUGGACCUCAGCAACAAAUCUGCUUCUGCUGCAGAGGUCUCGGGGAAGGCCUGACUCAUCUGUACUGUUCCGACAUCUCACGAACGUCACGCUGUUUGCUACUUGCAGCGUCGCGUUCAUCAUGGCUGCGUGCACAGCUCUGCGGACGCACCUGUUCAUCUGGACCGUCUUUUCCCCAAAAUACCUCUACUGCAUGGCGUGGGGCAUAGGCCAGCACUUGUUCAUCAACAUUUUGCUGGCCAGCGGCCUGUAUUGGGAUGGGGCGCGCCGGUCAUGA